CCGACGCGCAGAGUUCCCGGAUGAAGGGGCGCCGCCAUCUUUACAGCAGUACUACCGGUGGGUCUUCGGCUCAGCGGAGCUACGGUGCUGUUGCUGAUCUACCGCCAGGAAUCGCCGAGCAGCCGUUAAUCCUCCCUUUCCGCUGGGACUCCACGCACAGCCCCGACAGAGAGCACCAUGGCAGACCGAGACAACUUAGUGUACCAGGCGAAACUCGCCGAGCAAGCGGAGCGAUACGACGAAAUGGUGGAAUCGAUGAAGAAGGUGGCCAGUAUGGAUAUAGAGCUGACGGUGGAGGAGCGGAACCUGCUGUCAGUAGCAUACAAGAAUGUGAUUGGAGCCAGAAGAGCGUCCUGGAGGAUAAUCAGCAGCCUUGAACAGAAAGAAGAAAACAAAGGUGGCGAAGACAAACUAAAGAUGAUCCGAGAAUACAGAAAAGCGGUUGAAAAAGAACUGAAAUCAAUCUGUAACGACAUUCUGGAUGUACUGGACAAGCAUCUCAUCUUAGCUGCAAACACGGGAGAAUCAAAGGUUUUCUACUACAAAAUGAAGGGAGAUUACCACAGGUACUUGGCAGAGUUUGCCACAGGCAAUGACAGGAAGGAGGCAGCAGAGAACAGUUUGGUAGCAUAUAAAGCUGCUAGCGACAUCGCCAUGAUCGAACUCCCUCCAACGCACCCCAUUCGUCUGGGUUUGGCCCUUAAUUUUUCAGUUUUCUAUUAUGAAAUCCUCAACUCGCCAGACCGUGCUUGCAGGUUGGCAAAGGAAGCUUUUGACAAUGCAAUUGCAGAACUGGAUACAUUGAGUGAGGAAAGCUAUAAGGACUCAACACUUAUAAUGCAGUUGCUAAGGGACAACUUGACACUAUGGACCUCAGAUGUGCAGGGAGAAGAUUCUUAAGGACAGCCAUCUUCUUAUACUCUUCCUCCAUAGUAAAAGUGUAUUUUAAGAACAGGAGAAAGAAGCACCGCAGGCUGUGACGGAAGAGGCCGUGUGUGAAUGAACAACACGCUACAAGACCCUCCCCCUCCUCCCAGCACUAGGUCCUGUUCCCAGCCAGUUUUUGACUGGGUUUAUACUGCAGCCCACUCUCUCUCUACCUUUUCCUCUUUCUAACAACCUGUCUCACCUUUUACCUUGUAUGCACGACAUCUCCCCUUCCCCUCAGAACCCAUUUGGGUCCUCGUUUCAACCACCAAUGGGCUUUUACUUUUGUUUUGAACACCGUUUGCAAGCCUGUACCCUUUUACAGUUUUUAUUUUGCUUUACAUUUCUGUAUCAUCUGUUGCCAAGUAUGCUUGCCUGUAUUUGUUACACACAUACAAGAGUUUAUUUAAAGAUGAUACUUUUUUUUUUUUUUUUUUUUUUUUUUUGAGAUGUGUGUGCGUUUCUAAACAAGUUAUUGUCCAUGCUUCAUUGUGAACCAUUUAAGUUUGCAAACUCGAGGAAAUAAAGCAGUGAAGGAAGGUGUAAAGGGAUGUGUUUAAGGUUUUUGGAAGAACUAAGUGCCCUCAUUAUGUUGUUAUUGCAUAUUCUGCUCCCUCAGCGAACAGACUUGUGUUUUUUUUGUUUUGUUUUGUUUUGUUUUUUUUUAAUGACAAGAAUGUUUCCCUCCUCCAAACAUUACACUGACCUCUGUCCUAGUCCUCUCUUGGACCAAGUAUUGUGCUGCAAGGCUGUGGCACUUUUGCUAAUCGCAGCUAGUUAGGUAAUGGCUUUUUAGCAGGCAAAAUGUUCGUACGUUUGCGUGAGAGGGAAGGGCAAUGCUCAACACCCUUGAUUGUAAUGUAAUGCAGUUUUGCAUUGGCACUAUACAUACAUAUAUAAAAGUUUGGGAAAUAGAGGCCUACUGUAACUUUACUCCCCUGACUAUUUCAUUUUCUCUGUCUCAACUCUCUCUCCCCCUUCUGUUCAGUAUGUGUAACGUAAAUCUGAUUUGUACUACUGGAUAUUCUCACAGGAGCCACACGUACCAUCUGUAUUCUUACUGAAACACAGCAUGGAAUUAACAAUAAACUUCAAAUGGUAAAAAAA